AUGGUUAAAUUACCGAUUUUACUUGCUAUAUUAUUAUCGAUAGUUAUAUUUGUUAAUGGAUAUCGUCUAGAAAAUGGUCUUCCGUUAAAAUAUCACGUUAGUGGUGUUAUUCAAUUACCUUAUGCAGAAAUAAGUGAACCAUUCGAAUCAUGGAUUGAUAGUGAAUUAGGUUUUUCACGUAUUGAUUAUUAUGGCGGUGCCGCAAAAACUGUUCAACGAAAAGGCAAAGGUACUCAAGAUUUCGGUGCUAAUUAUAAAAUUGUCCCAGUAUCAAAUGAAGCAGUUUUAAAUAAACUUACCUGUUUUGAAGUCGAUGGCUCAAAAGAUGCAUUAAUGGAUAUACAACAUAGUUUACCCGAUAUAAAUUCAUUUAAAGAUCUAGGAUUAACUGAAUGGCGUGGAAUAAAAUGUCAAGUUUAUCAAAUCAUUGAUCAAGAAGGUGAUAAAAAAUCGACCUACACUUAUUAUGUUAAUGCUGAAACACAACAUCCAGUUCAUUAUGAAAUGUUUGGUUAUGAUACAUUGAUUGGAUCUCAUUUUGAUAAAUAUACAAUUGAUUAUUAUAAUUAUGAUGAAAAUCCAAUUGAUUCAAGUUUAUUUCAUAUUACUGAUGAUAUGCAAUGUGUGGGAUUUCCGGAUUCUGAAAAUGAACAUACAUCUCCACGUGUUUUAUUUAAUCCCAUGAGUGAAUACAUAAAUCGUCAUGGUGAAGAUGAUUUCGAAUCAUCAUUUGAGAAUUUUAAGGAACAACAUGAACGUAAAUAUAAAGAUGAACAUGAGCAUCGUCGUCGAUUGAAAAUUUUUCGACAUAACAAUCGUUAUGUAAAUACACGUAAUCGUGCAGGACUCACAUAUACAAUGAAAUUAAAUAAGUUUGCUGAUCGAAGUGAUGAUGAAUUACGCGUACUUCGAGGUCGUCGGUAUGCAAAAGGUUAUAAUGGUGGUCUACCUUUUCCCGUAGAAGAAUUAACCAAAGAUAACCAAGCUGUUCCAGAGUCAAUCGAUUGGCGUAUUAUGGGUGCUGUUACACCAGUUAAAGAUCAAGGUAUUUGUGGUUCAUGUUGGACAUUUGGAACAACUGGCGCUAUUGAAGGUGCUUAUUUUGUUAAGCAUGGAUCAUCUAUUCGUUUAUCUGAACAAGAUUUAGUCGAUUGCUCAUGGGGUUUUGGUAAUAAUGGUUGUGAUGGGGGUCUAGAUUAUCGUGCAUAUCAAUACAUUAUGAAACAUAAUGGAAUAGCGCUCGAAGAUGAAUAUGGUCCCUAUUUACAAGAAGAUAGUUUUUGUCAUCAUGAUAUGGCUACAAAAGGUGCUAAAAUUCUUGGAUACGUUAAUGUAACUCAAAGCGAUGUUGAAGCUUUAAAACUUGCGUUAGUUAAAAAAGGUCCAGUUUCUGUUGCUAUUGAUGCUGCUCAUAAAAGUUUUGUAUUUUAUGCUAGUGGAGUUUAUUAUGAGCCUAAGUGUGGUAAUACCCCAGAAGAUUUAGAUCAUGCAGUACUAGCUGUUGGCUAUGGUACAUUAAAUGGUGAAGAUUAUUGGCUUGUUAAAAACUCUUGGUCAACAUAUUGGGGCAAUGAUGGUUAUGUAUUAAUGUCACGAAAGAAUAACAAUUGUGGUGUAGCUACAUCAGCAACUUAUGUUAUUGUUGCAUAA